UUUGGGACUGAGGCUUAGUUGUUGUUGUUUGGGUAUAGUGUAGAAUUUGUUUUAUGUUUGGAAUGAGGAGCAAAAAUUGAACUUUUCUGGGAAAUUCAAAUCUUGGGUUGUUGGAGUGGACAGUAAAGUUGCUAUUUUGGGAAAAAAACAAGUUGGUGAAAUGAUAUCUUCAGGGACAAAUUUGGUGAUGACUGUGAUAGGAUUUGCAGUAAGUACCAUGUUCAUAGUAUUUGUGUGCACAAGGCUAAUUUGUGCAAGAAUUCAAUUGAAUGCAAGACGGCACUCUUUCGCAUAUGCUUCUAGAUCUGAUCUUAGCAUUUUGGAGCGUGGUUUACAUGGUCUCGAGCCUCUUGUUGUUGCCAACUUCCCGACAAAGAAGUACGGGGAUGUGUUUUUUACCUCUGCAGAAGAUGCUCAGUGCAUUGUUUGCCUUGCCGAGUAUCAAAAGCAGGAUGCGCUACGUAUUUUGCCAAUAUGUGGGCAUUCUUUCCAUGCAACAUGUAUUGACAUAUGGUUUCAGCAGCACUCUACUUGCCCAGUUUGUCGAAUUUCUCUACGUGAAACACCUGAAAAAAAGCGAUUUAUGCAACCACUGUUUAGUUCAGCUAUCCGAUCUCACUUUGAGAUGGACUCCCUGAAUGUUAGUUCAAAUCUUUGUCUAUCAGCUGAGCAGAGGCAUUCCAGCCUGAGAACGGACUCCACCACAGACGCUCAAUGUCCACCCGAGGCUGGUAUGAUGGCAGUCAGAGGAAACAACGUCAUAUCAAAUGAUGAUAGUCAGAACACGAAAAACUCAGAAAACAAGCAAGUUGAGAGCCCAUCAAAUGCAUAAGCUUUUGAAGUCAAGACCACAGAGACUCGAAGAUUUCACAAUGUAGGUAUCGCGUUCAUUCCGUUGCUCGGAUUUUGAUUUGGUAGAUAACUUACUGCUCAUAGCCUUUUGUAAAUAUAGCAAAGUAUUGUUUCUUUCAUUUUUUGAGUACCUUACAUUUUGCUAUACUUCAGUUUUCAACUUGAAAAUUGGUGGUAAUUUUGUAGAUCAAUUAAUUCAGCUUCCUUGCUGAACAAUGUCAAUUACAUAUAUGAGUUUAGUAGACAAGAAUCAAGAUUGUAUCUACAUAUUUAUUUACUUGAA